ACCGAUCCAUCAUCGAUUGUAUUUGACAUACUAACAAUCUCUAGUACAAGAUGGCGAGCGACGGAUAUUGGUGGGAAUUGCCUUUGGUGGUCAACUUGGACAACGCGGUUUGCGAAUACACCACAAGAGAGCUAUUGUGCAACGCGGCUGAUUACGAGCUCGUUGGCGAGAAAUACAACGGCUGGGCGGGUCCUCUGGACGUGUUCUCGGUGGAUUUCAAUGACGACGACGAGUUCAACUGGGCGGUUAGUGUUCCUUCCAAUGGCAAUCCGCACAUCCUCCUGAUCAAAAACGCCCCGGAAGACUGGGAUAUACCGGGAUUUGCGAACAGCGUCCUCAUGGAAUGGUCAGGGUCAGACAACCCCGACUUGACCUACCUGUUGGUACUGCCUCCGCCUGCGACUGCGUUCAUGAAACUCGAGGAGUUCUGGGCAGACCAGAUACUCCCUCAUUCUGACGAAAUAGACGACCUUUUUGCUCAUAGAGUCGUCACGCGUCAUGGCUGGGCUACCAUGGACCUGCAGUAUUUGGAUGCUUGGAUCAACUCAAUCGAUGCGGAUCACCAGGUCAUCGAGGAAGAGGAUGGAUAUGAUGUCAUCCAGUAUCGAUCUGAGCCCGAGCCUUCAGUCCCCGUCCUACCGUUUUUAACCGCUUGAUCAUUUAGAGACUCGUUAUCCAAGAGAAAAUUGAGC